AUGGGUCUUAAUUUUCCUUCUGCUUUAUUUCCAACAGGUAAUGAAUGGGAAAGUGAGAAUGAGGAGCAACUAGGUGAGGGUUCCUCAGAAAAAACAGAGGGUGAAGCAUUGAAGGAGAAUAUUUGGAGCCAAGAUGGGCCAGCAGGAGAAGACAGAAGCCACACGGAGGAGCCGAAAGCCAAAUCCUUCCCAUUUCAGGUGGGAGACUUCCAUGAAAUCUCAGUUCAGCAGGCAAGCAAAACAGAAAAACAGGGGACUGCUUUCUCCAGUGUUCAUAGUAGACUUUGCCCAGAGGACGAAUCAGAUUUUAUGUUUGCAAAGAUUGUCAAUCAGAGUGGAAACCUCACGCUUUAUGAAGGGACGAGUUCCAACAUAGACCUGAAUCAGAGUAUUUCUGCAGAUGAGAGACAGUGCAUCAAUCCAGAUCUUGGUAAGAUAAAGCAUCCAAGGAUCCAAAAAGGGGAGAAGCUGUUUAAAUGUUUGGAGUGUGGGAAAUGCUUUGGUCGAAGCGCCCACCUCACAUCACACCAAACCAUCCACGCGGGAGGGAAACCGUACCACUGCUCCAAAUGUGGGAAAAGCUUCAACAAGACUGUCAACUUCUUGAGGCAUCAGAAGAUCCACAAGGGAGAGAAGCCACACCGCUGCCCGGAUUGCAGCAAAAGCUUCCCCAACAAGUCGAGGCUCAGGAAGCACCAAAGAGUGCACACAGGGGAGAAGCCCUAUCAAUGUUCAGAAUGUGGGAAAAGUUUCAGCCACCGAGGAAGCCUUAGUGUCCAUCUACGGAUACACACCGGGGAGAAGCCGUAUCCCUGCUCCGAAUGUGGCAAGAGGUUCCGCGACCAGUCCAGCAUUAUUAGGCAUAAGAGAAUCCACACCGGAGAGAAACCGUACAUCUGUUCAGAGUGCGGGAAGGGCUUCAUCCAAAGUAGCAGCCUGACUUUACAUCUGAGAGCCCAUGCCAAGAGAAGCAACCACACAAAACUCAGUAUUUGCUGA